CACGCCCGGCGACCGCAGCGUGUGCGGCCGCCGCGUUGACAUCUCGACUGCGCGUUCCUCCUUCCGUGCGCAGCAGCCAGCAGCCGCUGCGUCAUCAUUUCCUGUAGCGGUAACGGCCUCGGUGGUGUACCGGCGGCGCGAACGAGACGCCCCCGACGCUCUGCCACCGCCGCUCACGGCGAGCCCGGCACGGCACGUCGACCGAGCCGAGCCCGCCCUGAUCGACGAAACAGGGGCGGGUCGGUGCGUGCCGAGUCCCCAGCCCCACCGAUCCGAUCGGCAAGUCCCGAGCAGGUUCGCUCCCCACAGACAUACCAGAUCCCGACGCCCCCACCACACAGCCCCACCCCCCCUCCCUCCCAAAACUCGCGCACCGCACCAGACGAGGCCGAAACGGGCGAAUUUUACCCGCCGGGCCGUGCCGGAGCGCGCCGCGAGCCCGCCAUGGCGGAGUGCCGCAGCCUCAUCGAGUUCCUGCGCGCCUUCGAGCACCACCGCAGGGCGGCCGACUCCUCAUGCGGCGCCCGAUCCAAGCGCCUGCCCCCCUCCUCCUCCGCCCCCUCCGGACGCACCCGCAACCUCACCGCGCUCUGCGACCACUCGCCGAUGGCCCUGGUGGACGCGCUCGUGCUGCUCGCCGUGCUCGCCGCGCUGGGCUUCCUCGUGGCCCCGCACGCCAGGCUCCUCCUCCUCGAGGCGCGCGCGCUGCUGCUCCACCCGGCGGCCUCCUGCGUCUCGGCCGCGCCGCUCGCGGGGGCCGCCGCGGCCGUGGCCGGCGCCGCGCUCGGCUGGGCGCUACUGGGCCAUCACGCGCGCAAGUGCGGCAAGCCGCGCUGCAGGGGCCUCAAGAAGGCCGUCGAGUUCGACAUCCAGCUCGAGACGGAGGAGUGCGUGCGCGGCCGCCCCACCCCCGCCGCGCGAUCGGCGCUGCUCGCCGCCGCGGGCGCGCGCCCCGUCGAUCUCGGCGACGCGCACCGCGAGCUCGAGGCCGAGCUCCGCAAGAUGGCGCCGCCCAAUGGCCGCACCGUGCUCAUCUUCCGCGCGCCCUGCGGAUGCCCCAAGGGCCGCAUGGAGGUCUGGGGCGCCAAGAAGGUGCGCCGGAUCAAGAAGUAGACAGACAAGAUGAAGGGUCAGAUAGUUCCUUCUUUACUAUAGUAAUAAACAGUAGCUGAAAUACAGGUUGCCUCCCUCCUUGGUAAUAAGUAUAGCGAGAGAGAAUAAAGAGAUCAUACAAAUAGUUAUAUCAAAGUAUCAGAUGAUAGACUAUAGAUCAUGUGUUGCCAUGCAGAUGAUGUUUGAACAUAAAUAUAUAUCGGUGCUUGUUCA